AUGUCUCCCAGGAUAUCACGACUUUCCGCUGUCGCGGCCCUCGCGGCAGUGGCAAGCGCUGCAACAGCCUCAGUCAGCACUUCCAAGCCUGCUGAGCCCUGUGCCCAGAUUGCAAAACUAGCUGCAGGAGGCACACCAAUCUUCUCCAGCCAGCUUGGACUUGCUUGCCUCGAGUCGAUUCCAUUCAAAUCCGAUCUCGCAGUGAGCUUUAUCGAUGAGUAUAGCAAAUACUUGCAAUGGCAGUCUACUAUCGAGAUUCUCAGAAAUCCACCCCCCGGCUCUCUGUCUGCAACGGUCGAUCUCGUUGGUGGCCUAUCGACAAUUCGCAGUCGAGCAGCGGCGAACCUUUACAAAUCCCAGUACGACUUUGAUCGAGACCUAUCCCAACUCAUCAGCUCUGCCAACGAUGGCCAUCUUGCUAUUUCCCCUUGUUCAUUCGCCAUUGGGUUUGGGAUUACCACUUCAUUGGUAUCGCUUUCUACUGAUGGUGUAGCCAUGCCUAGGCUAUACACUUUGAAUGAUGGUAGGCUUCUAGCAAGGGGCAACAAUCACGUGUCCCCCGUCGCGUUGAUUAAUGGAGUUGGCGCAGAGGCCUAUGUCGAACAACUCUCCAGCUUCCAGGGCUUGCAAGAUCCCGAUGCCCGAUACAACUUGAUGUUAUCAAACGUACCUAUUGGCCUUGCAGGCAGUGAAACCAACUCGGGUUUUGCCAACUACGGGGCAUUCCCAGGCGUCCAUGAAUUCAACCUGACAUACGCCAACGGGACCCUGGAAUCAAUACCGCUCAUCGCAGCAAGCACUAUUGGAAACUUUACUUCCACCACUGGCGACGAGCUGUGGGAUGCAGUCUGCGCUCCCCUGCCUGCUACUACCGAUUCAUCAAGCAAAAAGCUCAAGCGAGGCGGAAACACGACAAAGGUCUCCAAGAGACAGGCAGACGCGAAAGAGCUUCCGGCACCGAGCGGUUAUCCCAAGCCAGUUGUCAAAGACCCCUUCAACGUGAUGGUGGGAUACUUUUCAGAAGAAACAAGCCUCAAAGACGUUGCUAUCAUGACCGUGUCAAGUUUUGAAACGUCGGGCGAGGGCAUUCCAGACGACGAGACCCGAAACUUUGCCAUCCAGGCACAGUCAUUUGUGAACAAGGCUGUCGCUGCUGGCAAGUCCAAGAUUAUCGUCGACGUCACCAACAACCCCGGCGGCACUGUCGACUCAGGCUUUGCGCUUCUUAGCAUCUUCUUCCCCAACAUGACCAUCUUCUCGGCGACUCGAAUCCGUUCUGUCCCCGAAACGCAAUUUAUUUUUGACACUGCCAGCCGCUCAAAGGAUCCGGAGACCAUUGAAAACUUUCGGGGAGCUGGUUUCCUCAUCUCAAACUUGGUUCAACCAGACCAGAAGACAGGCUUCGAUAGUGACAGCGAUUUCUUGGGUCCUUUUGAUGUGCUUGACGUCCCCUCAACGGCAAUCUCGGCCGAGAAUAACUUCCUCUUUGGCAACGCGACAGACGCCCCCAUCAACAUCUUCGGCAAAGGAGGAGUGCUCAACGGUACGGAACCGCCCUAUAAUCCCGAGGAUAUCAUUAUUCUUACCGACGGCCAAUGUUCUUCCACUUGCACCAUCUUUAUCAACCACAUGAUUCCCUAUGGCGUGCGAGUUGUUGCAAACGGCGGUCGCCCACAAGCCGGCCCAAUGCAGGGAAUCGGAGGCGUCAAGGGAGCUCAGGUUCAGGAACUGUCAACUCUUUCCAGCAUUUACGAAUUCACGACUCAGGUUGUCCAGAACGCCACGGAUGCCAAGAAGCCGCUCUUCACGUCAAAGGAAUUGGACGCCUUCAAGGACCAUAUCCCCUUGACCUUGGACCAGUUCCCAAUCAGACUCACUUCGGGAAGUGUCAACUACAGAAACGCAUUUGCCCCCUUCGACGACCAGACGCCUACGCACUUCAUCUAUCAGCCCGCGGACUGCCGGAUCUUCUACACUCCUGCGUCGCUCAUCAGCCCAGAAGCCAAAUGGGGAAAUGUCGCCGACGCAAUAUGGGGGGGCAAGGGAGGAUGUGCCUUUUUCGUUCCGGCCCGGCCACCGCUCCUUUUCGCCGAGCCCUCUUCUACCUCGUCUUCUAAGCCGGCUUCUACCACAGCUGCCGGCAAGAAGAAGACUCAGUCAUCCGCUCACAAGGCAGUUGGCCUAUUACUGGCCAUGGCAGAAGGCCUGAAGCCACAGUAG